AUGACGAGCUUCCCCGAAGACGACAGCGAUGCGGCUAGGAAGGGUGCUGAGUUGCUCUCCAAAUUCAAAAACAUCAGCCUAGGAGGCCCAACCCCGGGACGAGAGCACUAUUUAGAUACCAGCUCAGGCAUCACCGCUGUUGAACCGCGAAGCAUCGAAGACUCGGAAGAGGCUUGCCUGAUGUGUAACGCCACUCCAGUUCAACGAUGUGCUCGUUGCAAAUCCGCCAGUUAUUGCUCAAAGACUUGCCAAAAAAAUGACUACAGAGCUCACAAACUCCUCUGCCAGCAGUUUGCUAACCAGAGCCCGAGGCCUUCCGCCCAGCAUGUACGGGGUAUCUUCUUUCCUGUCAACGCGGAAAAGCCAGAGGUGGUCUGGAUUCCCUGCGCGCUAGUCCGUCGACCUGAUGAAGAACCGUGUCAAGAACUUGAUCCGAUGCCCUUUCUGCACGAUAUACCUGGCUGGGACCGCAUCCAGGUCAACCACGUACGACGCCGGCAACUUGGCGUCGGCCUGGCUUCCUACCACCCGGAACCUGCUGGCUACUGCGUUGCGCUCUUCUACCGCGAUAAUUUUCUCUCCGAUGGCUCAGUGCCCAACAAAAGUUUUCAAGCCUCACUUGCAACAUCGGGUGCGCGUAACUCGUCUUACCGCGGUCCUUUGCUUGCGGUGCGCCAGCUUCCUCCCAAAGACCUGGAGCAGGAUGAUUUGUGGCGGGAUGUGAUGUUGUCCGACUUCCGUCAUAUCAUUGACCACUUUCACCCCUCCGUUGUAGGCGCGGUCUGA